AUGCGAAAAACGGUACAAAGAAUCGCAGGAGGUCAAGUCAAAUUGGCCCAAGAAGAGGCCUGUGAGCAGGCAGAUAGCAUGCCCAGAGGAAAUUGGACAGGAUCUGGCCAUGAAUGGUGGUGGGAGGAGUGGGCCAAGAGCAUGUCAAGUCUCGAACAAAGACCAAUACAUGCGUGGGAAGUUAGAGAGAUGGUGGAAAACCUAAAAGACGGUGAAUGCUUGAGAAUUGCGGCACCACAAAGGGAACAGGCCGACAAGCAGGCAGAUAGCAGGCCCACAGAGAAUUGGACAGGACAUGACCGUGAUUGGUGGUUUGAGGGUUGGCCAAAGAGCUGGUUAGAACCUGAACAAAGUUCUAACCAGCUAUUUGAGGAUUGGCCAGAGAUGGAGGAGAUCUCUGGAGCAACACCCGAGAUGGAGGAGAUCUCUGGAGCAACACCCGAGCUGGAGGAGAUCUCUGAAACAAAACCCGAGAUGGAGGAGAUCUCUGGAGCAUCACCUGAGAUGGAGGAGAUCUCUGAAGCAACACCCGAGAUGGAGGAGAUCUCUGAGGCAUCACACAAGAUGGAGGAGAUCUCUGGAGCAACACCCGAGAUGGAGGAGAUCUCUGGAGCAACACCCGAGAUGGAGGAGAUCUCUGGAGCAACACCAGAGCUGGAGGAGAUCUCUGAAGCAACACCCGAGAUGGAGGAGAUCUCUGAAGCAACACCCGAGAUGGAGGAGAUCUCUGGAGCAUCACACGAGAUGGAGGAGAUCUCUGAAGCAUCACACGAGAUGGAGGAGAUCUCUGAAGCAACACCCGAGAUGGAGGAGAUCUCUGAAGCAUCACACGAGAUGGAGGAGAUCUCUGAAGCAUCACACAAGAUUGAGGAGAUCUCUGAAGCAUCACCUGUGAUGGAGGAGAUCUCUGAAGCAACACCAGAGAUGGAGGAGAUCUCUGGAGCAACACCCGAGCUAGAGGAGAUCUCUGAAGCAAACCCCAAGAUGGAGGAGAUCUCUGGAGCAACACCCGAUAUGGAGGAGAUCUCUGGAGCAUCACCCGAGAUGGAGGAGAUCUCUGAAGCAACACUCGAGAUGGAGGAGAUCUCUGAAGCAUCACACGAGAUGGAGGAGAUCUCUGAAGCAUCACACGAGAUGGAGGAGAUCUCUGAAGCAACACCCGAGAUGGAGGAGAUCUCUGAAGCAACACCCGAGAUGGAGGAGAUCUCUGAAGCAUCACUCGAGAUGGAGGAGAUCUCUGAAGCAUCACACGAGAUGGAGGAGAUCUCUGAAGCAUCACUCGAGAUGGAGGAGAUCUCUGAAGCAUCACACGAGAUGGAGGAGAUCUCUGGAGCAUCACUCGAGAUGGAGGAGAUCUCUGAAGCAUCACACGAGAUGGAGGAGAUCUCUGAAGCAUCACACGAGAUGGAGGAGAUCUCUGAAGCAUCACACGAGAUGGAGGAGAUCUCUGGAGCAACACCCGAGCUGGAGGAGAUCUCUGAAGCAUCACACGAGAUGGAGGAGAUCUCUGGAGCAUCACACGAGAUGGAGGAGAUCUCUGAAGCAUCACUCGAGAUGGAGGAGAUCUCUGAAGCAUCACACGAGAUGGAGGAGAUCUCUGAAGCAUCACUCGAGAUGGAGGAGAUCUCUGAAGCAUCACACGAGAUGGAGGAGAUCUCUGGAGCAACACCCGAGCUGGAGGAGAUCUCUGAAGCAUCACACGAGAUGGAGGAGAUCUCUGAAGCAUCACUCGAGAUGGAGGAGAUCUCUGAAGCAUCACUCGAGAUGGAGGAGAUCUCUGAAGCAUCACUCGAGAUGGAGGAGAUCUCUGGUGCAACACCCGAGAUGGAGGAGAUCUCUGAAGCAUCACCCGAGAUGGAGGAGAUCUCUGAAGCAUCACCCGAGAUGGAGGAGAUCUCUGAAGCAUCACCCGAGAUGGAGGAGAUCUCUGGAGCAACACCCGAGACCACUGAGGAAACACUUCAGAUGAAGGUCUCCUGGUGGAGGAGAUUUAAAAAGGCAUUGACUCCUAAACAUCGGCGCCAGUACAAGCAGCGGAGGUCGAAACAGGAGAUGAAAACUACAACCUCACCCUAA